CUUUCUCUCAACCAGAAUCCCCUCUACACUCUGCACUCAAAGAAGAAGAAGAAGAAUUGAUUAAGAUGUCUAAAGAAGUUAGCGAUUCCCACCACGGCAAGGACUACGUCGACCCACCGCCGGCGCCGUUCCUCGGCACGGCUGAGCUGACGCGCUGGUCCUUUUACAGGGCACUCAUUGCCGAGUUCGUGGCCACACUCCUCUUCCUCUACGUAACCGUGGCCACCGUCAUUGGGUACAAGAAACAGAGUGGCCCAUGCGAAGGCGUCGGACUCCUAGGAAUCGCCUGGGCGUUCGGCGGCAUGAUCUUCGUCCUUGUUUACUGCACUGCCGGCAUCUCAGGAGGGCACAUAAACCCUGCGGUUACAUUUGGGCUUUUCUUAGCGAGAAAAGUGUCGCUGAUAAGAGCAUUGGGGUACAUGAUAGCCCAGUGUUUGGGUGCGAUAAGUGGAGUCGGGCUGGUGAAGGCGAUCAUGAAACAACCGUUUAAUCACUUGGGCGGCGGAACCAACUCAGUUUCAGAUGGAUACAACACCGGUACGGCUCUUGGCGCUGAGAUUAUCGGAACAUUCGUUCUUGUUUACACCGUUUUCUCAGCUACCGACCCUAAGAGGAGCGCGCGUGACUCCCACGUUCCGGUGUUGGCUCCUCUUCCAAUAGGGUUUGCUGUAUUCAUGGUCCACUUGGCCACAAUCCCCAUUACAGGGACCGGAAUUAACCCAGCUAGAAGCUUUGGAGCGGCGGUUAUUUACAACAACAAGAAAGUGUGGGAUGAUCAAUGGAUAUUUUGGGUUGGACCCUUUGUUGGAGCAUUGGCAGCAGCAGCUUAUCACCAGUAUAUUCUCAGAGCCGGAGCUAUCAAGGCGUUGGGUUCUUUCCGCAGCAAUCCCACCAACUAGUCAAGAACAAGAAGAGGAAGAGAGAAGAAUCCAUUGAUUUUAUUAUAAGUAGUCAUUGAGUGCCAUUAUUAAUUAUUACUCCCUAGCUAUAAUUUGUUGUUUGCUUGUAUCUGAUGAUCAUCGGGAAGCUUGAUUAAAUUAUUUUUAAUUUACUACCUA